AUGGGUCUCGAUCCGGAAAUCGCGCGUGCGACCAGCGCCUCCAAGACCGCCGAGGUGGCCUCGUCGCAGUAUGACGGUGAAGUCAAGGGUGGAGUCGUGGAUAAUUGCCAUUUCACUGCCGCGGAGCUGGCAAAGUACGGGCAGACGCAGCGGGGGCUCUCGCCGCGCCACGUUCAGCUCAUGGCUAUUGGAGGAUCCAUCGGCACUGGUCUUUUCGUGGGAAUCGGAUCCUCGCUCAGCAAGGCUGGGCCCCUCUCCCUCGUCCUGGGCUACAUGUUCUGGGGCGUGCUCUUCGUCUGGCCCGCCUACCUCUGCGUCGCGGAAAUGUGCGCUUACCUGCCUCUCCGCGGGGCCAUCUUCGAGCUCGCGGCCCGCUUCGUGGAUCCCGCGCUGGGCUUCGCCAUAGGUUGGACGUACUUCUUCGCUGGGGUCAUGUUGGUUUGCACAGAGUACUCCGCCGUGGCGACCGUGAUGCAGUACUGGAACACAGAUGUCAAUCCGGCUGUGUGGAUCGCCAUGACCAUGGUGGUUUGCAUCUUCCUGAACGUCGUCGCCGUCAAGUGGUAUGGCGAGUCCGAGUUCGUCAUGGCCAGCACAAAGGUCCUGCUCCUGAUCGGUUUGGUUCUGCUCACUUUCAUCACCAUGCUCGGGGGGAAUCCGCGGAACGACCGAUACGGCUUCCGCUACUGGACGGGCGGGAACGCCAUCCACGCCUACUACGCCGAGGGGGCUACGGGACGCUUCUGCGGCUUCUGGAGUGUCUGCAUCUACGCCGCCUUCACCAUCGCCGGCCCAGACAUGAUCUGCCUCGCGGCAGGGGAGAUCCAGAACCCGCGGCGCACGAUCCCGCGCGUGGCCAAGCUCAUCUUCUACCGGCUGGUGGGCUUCUACGUCUUCGGCGUGCUCGCCGUAGGCAUCAUCUGCUCGUCGCGCGACGACCGCCUGCUCGGCGCCAUCGAAGCCAGCCAGCCCGGCGCCGCGGCCUCGCCGUGGGUCGUCGGCAUCACGAAUCUCGGCAUCAAGGGCCUCCCGGGCCUCAUCAACUUCCUCAUCCUCCUCUCCGGCUGGUCCUGCGGAAACGCGUACCUCUACGCCUCCAGCCGCACGCUGUACGGGCUCGCGCGCGACGGGCAGGCGCCCAAGUUCUUCCUCACCUGCACCAAAGCCGGCGUGCCCAUCUACGCGGUCGGCUUCGUGUCGCUCAUCACCUGCCUCACGUUCCUGGUGAGUUCCAACAACGCGGUCGAGGUCUUCUACUGGUUCGUCGGCCUGACCACGUGCGCCCUCGUGUGCACCUACGUCGGCAUGCUGUGGACGUACAUUGGCUGGCACCGGGCGCGGGUGGCGCAGAAGUUGGACGCCCGUCUGCUCCCGUACGCGGCGCCCUUGACGCCGUACACGGCGUACUUUGCGCUUGUGCUCGGCCUGCUGAUGAUUGUCUUCAUCGGCUACGACACGCUUGUGCCGUUUAGCAUCCAGGGCUUCGUCACCAGCUACUUCGGCGCCUGGUUCUCCCUCUUUGUGUUCGUCUUCUGGAAGGUGUUUAAGCGCACGUCGUUUGUCGUCCCUGCCGAGGCGGAUUUCGUGACGGGCAAGGCGGCCAUUGAUGAGGAGUGCAGGGAGUGGGAGGAGGGCGGGAUCGAGGAGAACGUUAGAGCGAGACUGGCUGAGAUGCCCAUGUGGAGGCGCUGCUGGGAGAGGAUGUGGUAG